CGCACCGUGCGGCAUAUCGUCUGCGCCGGUGCACGGGUUGCCGCUUCCCAUAAGAUGUGAAGCGCUUCGGGCUGCGUACGUGUGAUGGCGGUAUUCCUAAUUAACAAUUGCAAAUUUAACAAUUGCGGCCUGACGUUCCCAACACUGCGAGAGCUCAUUUUGCACAUCGAAGACACGCACAUAGAUAACGACCCAAGACUACUCGAAAAGCAAGAACUGCAUCCACCUUCGUGCCUUCCUGUCAGCUGCGUCCUUAGGGUCUUCACGGAAGGUUCACGCGUGGAGCCACUGGUCCGCAAGAGGCAGCGGACGCUGUCGCCGGCCUCGUCGAUCUGCAGCAAUACUCCAACAGGAAGUGAGAUGGAUGAAGAGGAGAUGAGUAGUGAAUCUGACGACAGCAAUGACUCGUGGACUACGCAGAACGAGUUCAUCUCGGAGUUCAUUAUGAGGAUGAUGAGCAGUGCAGGUUCCACGGAAGAGAAGCCAUUUGCUUGCCCUGUUCCAGGAUGCAAGAAGCGCUACAAGAAUGCCAACGGAAUCAAGUACCACGCAAAGAACGGGCACAAGAGGGAAGCCAAGGUCAAGAAAGGCCAUCGUUGCCACUGUGGGAAAAGUUACAAGACUGCGCAAGGCCUGAGGGCACACUCGCUCUCCCAGCACCCUGCCGACUCCUCCCAGCCGGCCAGAUACUCAGAUUUCUCCUCGGCUCUCAGCUCCGGUAGUGGGGGUCAUGUGUCGACGUCGCGACUGCAUGGUGGCCCACUUCCCAUCAUGUCUCCAACGCUGCAGCAGCACCUGUUGAGCCCUCUGGUCAUGAGGCCGGCCGUUGCGUCGACCUUCACUUCGGUCAGCGCAGAAGGUUGACACCCUUCGGUGGAAGCGAUACAAUGUUUUGUGCUUUGGCACUGGCAUCUCUUCGUGACGAGUGGACCGAUGAUUUACGUGGUGCAUGUGCAAGAUCAAGUUGGCAACAUUCUGUCAACCGAAUGCCUUCCGUUGUCGAGUUGUUUUGACGCACUGCUCUCUUCUUCUUGUGUUCAGUUUCAAUGCUGUGGUUUCGAUUCUUCGCAGUGAUGUUGGAGAUUCCUGCGAAAGCUCGUGUGCUUACAAGCAGCGCUUGAGCGCUAUAUUGUGUUUUUUUUUCUGCGUAGAACAAAAACGUUUCUAUGCUGUCAACACUAUGACGGCAACCAUGUGGACAAGAUGUGUUCUGAAUUUAUGUAGAAAGGGGCCCCCACUAUGAAAUAUGAACAGUGCAAAUCCUGCACGGGAACACACAAAAUAAACAACACAGACAAGUGCGCCACUGUAUUUUUUUUUUUUUGGUUUUGAUGUUUCCGUGUCACUUUGAGCAGCGCAAGACUUUUUGCAAGGGCGUUGAUAACUGAGCAGGUCAUGCCUAGAAGAGCUUGCAACGUUUCUUUUGUCAUUUAAAAGCUCAUUCAUUGAGAAAAUAAACGGGUUACAUUGAGAAGUCGUAUUGCUGCUGCCUUCAAUCUUUUUUUUUUUACAGUACUUGCUAACAAAACGGUAGUUAAUCUCUGGGAACAUUGCAGGCAGUUUUUCUCUAUAGUUGGAGGGGGCUCACACCGUGUGCUAACUAGUAUUAGAUUCAGUGAUCUCAUCAAAAUGUCCAAACUACUUCUUUUUGGCACUGGUUGUGUUUAGCUGAAGGCAGGCAUUUUCUUUUGUAUCUUUGUGGCACAUGGUGUGAGCAUAAAAGGCCUGAGAAAUUCAAAGUGAGUUUCAACUCUUUCUGUGAGGCACCGCCCAGAGGUUUGGGCCUUUCUCAUGAGUCCUCUAAGUUAUGCAAGAGCGAAUGUUAUUUUUCAAGAAUGCAACAUGUUGCUGCAGAACUGGUGCAGAGGCGAACCCAGGAGCGUCGUAGAAAUCUGGCCAUUCUUGGCAACCAGCCCCGUUUGUGUUCUGUUUAGAGCUUAAGAAACAGUGUUCCUUUACUCUGCUGUGAGCAAUAUUUAAAGUGCACUUUGUGUGGCCUUGUUGCAUUUCAAGCACAAAUACACACAUCCUAGUGGCCUAUAUCUGUAAACGCAAUUCCUGUCCAUCCCUAGUAAAAACAUUAGGCUAGCCCUCUGAAACUCAAAUCUGAUAGCUUCCCUAGUGUUCAACUGCCAACUGUGCACUUGUUACUUAUGUUUUCAUCCGUGUCUUUUCUCAACCCAUUUUGUGUUGCUCAAGGGUAACGCUUUCAGUCUAAGUGCAUGGCUGCUGCUGAUUAAGUUCAGUGCGGCCUAGCAUAAUUAAUUUUUUUUAUUUGUACAGAAAUGUUGCACAGUUUGGGCAGUUUCUGCAAACGUUGCGCAUAUUUCAUAAGAAUAGUACAAAAGAAACACUGGGAAUCAUUGAAAUGCAUGAUGUGUGUUUUUUCUGCUUGGAUGUUUGGAACCCUUAGCUUACAGCUAAAAUAAGCUCGUGCUUGCACCCUUCUACCUAGAAGCCGAGGUUGCAUUGUUACAGGCUUUGAAGCACUGGUCCAAUAUGAUCACUCCUCGUGAUUUGAGACAUGCUCGAACAAAACCUGCAGGCGAUGUCGCAGUAGUGCCCAUGGUGGUGUAUUGGCUGUGUCGGCACCUACGAAGAGCUUAGUACAUGCAGUGAACGACUCUCGAUACCGUGCUAUGUAGUCAAGUUUCCAUACCAACGCAUAUCCUGCUCUUUUUUUUGUAGACUGAAACUGUCGGUAGAAAUAACCGUGCCUAGACCUGACAUUCUUCAUUUCAGGAGAACAGUUGAUAUCAAGUUGUCGCGAUGUUGUUUUGUCGUCAGGAUCUGGCAUUGCGGUUUGCACAGCCAAAAUGUGCUAGGAAAGUCGCAUGUGGCAGAUGUAUCGUUGGCUACCGCACGUCGUGUGCCUCAUUAGACGCUUUCAUCAUGUAUGCUUCCAGAGACAGUAGUGAGAUGGGUUUGCACGCUCAAAGUAGGCAGUUUUGAAAGCCUGGCGGCACACCUUUUUGCCGUUCCUGCAGAACUGCGUUAGCGGGUCCUGCUUUGAAAGCUCUGCACCUGUAGAGCAUGGACUACAGUCUGUUUUUUGGCAUUCAGAACUUGAGACUGGUUGCUCUUAAGGACUCUCUCGCAAUUCAACGGAGAAUCUUCUUUGAUGAGAGUUUGUAUCCCAAGUAGCACAAAGUGGGACGAAUGUAUUGCUGGUUCAACAUUGACACUGUAUGAGUUUGCAUGCUGUGUUCAUGCAAGUUGGGUUGAUGUGGGAGGUGGUUACCUUGUUAUAUAGAAUAACCUUCAAGGCUUGUAACUCGGGAACAUGAGUUGUUUGUUCAGCUAGGAUUGUGGAAGUUGUCGCAUUUCAAAGGGUCUGAAGUGGAUUCUUUGAUGUUGAGAUUGCUGAGGAAUAUGCGUGCACUUCAGCCAUUGUCACCUUGCUGCAUGUUACCUGUUGCUGGAGGUGUCCAUUUUUAGUUAAUUCUACAGCAGUGUUGGGGGCAUAGCUAAAAAUUUCUUUUUUUGUACCAAAGAUACCCGGUGAAUGUCAUGUGUUCUUUUUGUGUAUGUGGUUGUAGUGUUCCCAAGUUUUGUUUUUAAAAGAAUGUUUCAAACCUUUCACCGUCUGCUCGCAGUGUUCGACAUUGAGAAAUGCUUUUGCCCAAAUGGCUGUUGGAGUAGUGCAAUGUCACGCAUACAUGUAUGUGGCAAGUCCGCACUGUUAACUGUAAUUUUCGCUUUUUCUGUUUUCUUCAGUGAUCAUUUUCAAGGUCACACACUACUUCUCCUUUCAGCACCGUUGUCUCCUGUGUAGCUGUUCUGUCAUUAUUAUGUUGUUUUGGCACUGGCUAGUGUUUUCCACAGCACCAGUGAGCAAAAAAUAACUUGAAAAAUAAAAAAAAGCUCUACCUCUGUGAUGCUUUCUGUGUGCCCUCUAAUAAGUUAUGGGCAUUGUUUGGGAAGAACAGCAUUAGUGUGUAGUCUACAAUAUUUUUGCUAACAUUACAGGCCUGUUAAUCUUUUGUCACAUCAUGUUUAUUAGUUUAAAGAAAGUUAACAAUGUUACCAUGUUAUAUGUUAAAAAAACCUGAUAUAUGGAUAAUCUUUGUGACUUAAUUGUUCGCUCAGUAUGAAAAAUACAAGUGCAGAAUAAAUUUACAUAAUAAUAAUUGUUAUUAUUAUCUAAACUUAAUCUGCACUUGUAUUUUCAGAAAAGUUCUAUUUUGUAGUGUAUUUUCUGUUCUGCGUGGGGACAUUAGUUUCUUGGGUAAGGUGGAAUACAUCGGAGGUAUUCUUUCCCCGCAACAGAGCUCUAUCGAACUGAAGUUCCUUGAUAAAAGACUUGGUGCCAUCUGUUCCAGCACAGUCUCUUUGCAACCCCCUAGCAGACGACGCAGCCUGAAACGUUUCUCAAUCUGCUGUAGACAGACGGCACUACUUUUGAUUUUACCAAGGAACUUCAUAUUGGCAUGGAAUCAGGGCCUAACACGUGUACUUUAGUUAUAUUUGAUGAAGCUAGAAAUUGCUGCAUCCAGAACUUUGACAUUAGCCAGUCCGAUUGAGCCAGCCUUAGCAGGCUCUGUUAUGAUGGCAACAUUCCAUAUCUCAGCGCACUUUGUGCUGCAUCUUUAGCUUCAUUGUUUCAAAGAAUCUCGUAGCUGCAGUUAUCUUUAGUUUUUCUCACAUUGCCUGUCGAGGAAAUUCAUAAAGCCAUCCUACUUAUGGCUAAUUCUUGUUCUGCCUAGCUGUGCCCUGUACGUAAUAUUGAAUUACACUCUGUUUUGCAUUUAUGUGGCCUUUAUGUCCUCCACAGUAUGUAGGUAUAGGGCUAUCUUGCCUCUUCAUUUGAAUUUCUUCCUUUCUUGCAUCAUUUCGUUUUUAAAAGAGGAUACCAGUUUUUAUAUUGGCAUGUCUCUUGUUCGGCAGUGUUCACUUGUUCCACUUUGGUUCCAGUUGGAAUUUCUCGUAGCUGCUGCUUGAGCUCCCGUUGUGCCUGUCAGGCUACCUGUGCAGUCCAGACAUUGCUAUUUUUGAUAACAGUUUGUAUAAGGUAGAGUCUAAUUGCAGCACAGACUGCUUUCAGCAGAAACACAUAAAUAGUGGUCGAAAGAAAUAUUUAAGGGGAUUCUGAAGACGACUUCUGCCAGCUAAAUUUUUUCUCAAAUUGAAAGCUUUAGUGACGAUACUUGACACAAUGUCGUUUUCAGACAGAAACUGGCAGAAAAUAAUUAUUCCAUUGCAUUUUUUCAAACUGCGGUAUCUGGCGACCGCACCGUGAACAAGUCGUUAUGUUUAACUCAGCGGAAAAGGGUAUGCUAACCGCGAUUGCUGCGUAAUCACUCACUUAUCGGCGUUGCCGGCCGUCAUUCGCUUUUUUCAAGCUGUCUUGCUUCAUGUACGGCACUUGGAACCAGUACAAAUAGUAGCAAAGCGUGCCUCCAGGCAGGGCCCACCUGUGCAGGAGAGUGGUGCGUUAUGGAGAGGCAGAGAAGUAGCACAAGAGAAAAGCCCUGCUAUCGCCACUAUACCACCCGCCACGGUAUUCAACGCGCAGCUCCACAUGCUCUGGCAUGCAGUCACCGCAAUCUGUGCUCGCAAUCUUCCAAGGUUACCGCCAUCUGUUCAGAAAUAUGUGAAAUAAACACUACUUAUUGGAGCGGUCACACCUUCCAAGUGGACAUUCGAUGCUUUCGUUCAAUAUUUCUUUAAAGAAAUCAUUUGUGGAAGUUCAAAGGUUAAUCUCCACCAUUAUAAAACAUGACUGUUGUGAAGCUUCUUCAAAAGAUUGUGUGUUACAUUUGUGCAAACACCCAAAUUACAUUAAAAUCUCAAAUGCUGCCAAAGGCCUAUUUGUUCCUUGUAUCAACGAACUAAUUUUAGGAAUGCUUUCACCCUCGUUUUUGUUACCUUUGAAUCGGUUUUUCUGUGGAAUGUUUUCCUUGCGUCCUCUGUUUACCAAGAUUUUUGAGAGCUGCUAAUAUGAAUUUGAGUGUCCAUAAAGGGUGUCAUUAAGUAACACUACACUUAGUCACUAGUGAUUGCACAAAUAAAUUCUGUGCAAAGAUAAUUCAUAUGGCUCAGUAUUCUGAGCCCCAACUUCACAGCUAGCGCUCACAGAUUCAAAAUGGGGAAUGACUGACAUUGUUAAUGACAUAUUGUUGCUGCAGAAUCUGUACUGGUAGCCUUGAGAGCUUGCCAGAUUGUAUUUAUAACUGGAUUUAUGAUGUUCUUGUGUUUAAAACCUUUUGAAUGUGAAUGAUAGUUUGGUACUAACAUUAAGAAUUUAGCAUGAUGUGUUUUUCAUGCCUUAGCAUUUUAGUCAUUUUUGCUGUGAACUAAAUGCAAACAGCAAGUGAGCUGUGCAGAGUGAAUAAUGUACACAACACAGAUUGUGUACUCUUUUUUUUUUUCUGGGAACUGGACAGUCAAUGUAUAAAAAAAAAGAAAAUGUUGCAAAGAUACGGCAAUAAAGAAUUGGUUGCACAUUCA